GACGAGUCGCGCUUCCACUUUAUAAAGCUUCUCUGUCCAGCGAGCCGCUGAUAAAAAGUCGGCUGUAGCAAGAAGUUGAGAUUCUACGAUUCACGCACUGGAAAACGCGAGUACCCGAGAUUAAGCUCCAUCAUGAGUGAGAGACAAGGAUCAGGAGCUGCGGCUAGCAACAACCAGACCGCUGGAGCACAAGACGCUUCCAAGAAGGACGUCCCCGCCGAGGACUUUGACAUCGACAUGGGGGCCCCGGAGACCGAGAAGGCGGCGGUGGCCAUCCAGUCCCAGUUCAGGAAGUUCCAGAAGAAGAAGCAGGACGACAAGUCCUAGUGGUCGCCCCAGGAGGAUGGCGCCUCCGGUGGGCAGGGGGCGGCGGCGCCGGGGGGGGUGUGGUGUCAUGGCGACCAAGUGGCAUUUGCAUGUGAAAAAUGAAAAAAAUCA